AUGACUACUGCUGUUGCCCUCCCAGCUGCCAAGUCCCCAAAGAAGGUGGUCUCUCGAGCUGCUGAGAGAUACCUCAGCAAGAAACAAGGGACUGCUGUCCCUAAGUAUCCUAGCGUGUACAUCUUUGUCAAUCCAACAUCGGGAGGUAAUAAAGCAGGGGAGCUAAUGAAGUUAGGUAUGGAGAAAAUGUCAUUCCAGGACAAGGGAUUGGAGGCUGACGUAUCAAUAUUCGAUAUCAGAGAGGGUCCUUCUGGGGAGAAGCCUGCAUUUAUGCAGCUACGUGACCUAUUAGAUUCACCCCAAGGGCCCGCUAUGGGUGAUUAUGUUAGAGUAGUGGUAGCAGGUGGGGAUGGGACUGUCAUGUGGGUAUUGCAAGAGUUGAUUCAACAUGGAAUUAAUACUGAUAGAGUGUGUAUCGGCAUCAUACCCUUCGGGACUGGCAAUGAUUUCUCAAGAGCCACGGGGUGGGGACCGUCAGCACCAUCAGACUUUCCUGGAUCUUGCCUUAGUGGCUUUAGAACGUGGCUCAAGCGAUGGCUAUCUGCCACUAUUAAGAAGUUCGACAUAUGGAAGGUGGAGGUUGAUCUUGAUGAUGAUGGUGGAGUUAUAUACCAACUUAAGGGUGGUAAGAAGGUACCUCUCACAGAGACUGACUCAGAGGUGGGUAAUGCUACCGAUAGGAAGUUAAAGAAGUUGAUCAAGCCUAUGUGUAACUACUUCUCUACUGGUGUGGAGUCCAGGUUGGGAUUGGGUUUUGAUAGGAAUAGGAAGAAAAGCCAAUUUGUGAAUAAACUAGUGUAUGGAGUGGAGGGGACUAAGAAGAUGUUAUUCAAGAAGACUGCUAAAAUAAAGGAAACAAUGGAUAGGGUUGUGGUAGUGAUAGUGGCUCAUCGGGGGUCCUUACAUCGUCUGAAUCGUGCUUCCCUUCAGAGCCUCUCGCCUGAGGAUAGCAGGAGAGGAGAGCAGCACCAGCAUGAUGAUAAUAAUACUGAGCUAAUAUUUCAGACCAAAUCUACUGGUGAUGAUAAGUAUAUCCAGGGUCAUCCUGUAUCGUUAAUAGCGGUUAAUAUACCAUCAUUCGCUAGUGGAUGUGAUGUAUGGAGUAUGGCUAGGAAGCUCUCUGUGAAGGGUGCAGAUAAGGGAUUACUCCGGAGGAAACAAGAUAUGGGGGAUGGUAUGAUAGAAUUAGUAUCAUACAAUAGCCUCAUGGGUAUAGGGAUGGAGCAAUCACAUGUGUAUCCAUUGGCUGGCAACGGUCGUCGAGUACAUCAAGGGCAUGGUCCCAUUGAGAUGGACUUCAAAUCUACCUUAUCUGAGGAUACUAGGAUAUACUUCCAGAUAGAUGGCGAGUUCUAUACAUGUCGGAGACCCCAGAAGAUCACUAUUUCCCAUAAACAGUAUAUCAGAGUGAUGGUAAACAAUGAAAAGUAA